AUGCUUGUUGUUCUAAAUCUUGUUGGUAACCACUUCUCUGGAACCAUUCCUUCUUCUCUCACCACUAUGCCUUUCUUAUCACAUCUCGAUCUGAGAGUAAAUGAUCUCACCGGAUCUAUUGAGUUUCCUAACUCCUCUACCCCAUCUAGGCUCGAGUACUUGUACCUUGGGAAUAACCAUUUUGAAGGAAAAAUCAUAGAGCCUAUCUCAAAACUCAUCAACCUCACACAUUUAGACCUAUCUUUCCUUAACACAAGCUAUCCAGUUGACUUCAGACUCUUCUCCUCACUAAAAUCUUUGCUGCACCUUGAUCUUUCCGGUAAUAGUAUAUCUCCAGCCAGUUUAGGUUCAAAGUCAGACAUCUCAAUAGACUUGGAGAUUUUGUUGUUACGAGGUUGCGGCAUCAAAGAGUUCCCAAACAUCUUAAAGAACCUUGAGAAGUUGGAGAAUAUAGACAUUUCAGGAAAUAUGAUCAAAGGGAAAGUCCCUGAGUGGUUAUGGAAGCUUCCUCGUCUAAACACAGUGUUUCUUUCAAAUAAUUCGUUUAAUGGUUUUGAAGGUCCAGUGGAUGUUUUGGUAAAUUCAUCGGUGAAGACUUUAUUUAUGGAGCAGAACUAUUUUGAAGGAGCAAUUCCUCUCCUACCACUCUAUAUAACCGACUUCUCUGCGUUGGACAAUAGAUUCACAGGGAGCAUACCUCUUUCAGUUUGCAAUUAUAGGUCUCUGAUGCUUUUGAGGCUACCUUACAACAAACUCACGGGUCCAAUCCCUCAAUGCUUGAGUAACUUGACGUUUGUGAAUCUACGGAAGAACAACUUGGAAGGAAGUAUUCCUGACGCCUUUUAUAAGAGUUCUUCUCUACGAUCACUCGAUGUUGGAUACAAUCGAUUAACCGGGAAACUUCCAAGAUCUCUUCAGAAUUGCUCAUCUCUAGAUUUUCUAGUUGUUGACCACAACCGAAUCAAAGACAAGUUUCCUUUCUGGCUCAAGUCUUUACCAAAUUUGAAAGUCCUUGUCCUCAGUUCAAACAGAUUCUAUGGCUCUAUAUCUCCUCCUCCUGGUCAAGGUCUUCUCGGGUUUCCAGAGCUGCACAUAUUUGAGAUAUCUGAUAAUAAGUUUACUGGAAGCUUGCCACCAACAUACUUUGUCAAUUGGAAAGCAACCUAUGAAGAUGGUAGUCUAUAUAUGGUACACAUAAAAAAUACUUCCGGGAGACUGUGCUAUACAUAUACAGAAGCUAUAGAUUUGCAAUACAAAGGUUUAUUGAUGGAGCAAAAGUUUGUACUUACUUCUUAUGCCACCAUCGAUUUUUCUGGGAAUAGAAUUGAAGGACAGAUUCCUGAAUCCAUUGGUCUCUUGAAAGCGCUGAUUGCACUCAACUUUUCCAACAACGCCUUCACAGGCCGUAUUCCUCUGUCUCUCUCCAAUCUGGGAAAGCUCGAGUCACUAGACCUAUCAAGCAACCACCUCUCAGGUACUAUUCCUAAUGGACUUGGAAGCCUCUCGUUUUUGGAGUACAUAAAUGUGUCUCACAACCAGCUCAAGGGUGAAAUACCACAAGGAACACAGAUUACCGGGCAAGCUAAAUCUUCAUUCGAAGGGAAUUCAGGGCUUUGUGGUCUUCCUCUCCAGGAAACUUGCUUUGGGACUAAUGUCCCACCAACACAAGAACCUCCGGAAGAAGACCAAGACCAAGUACAAGUGUUGAACUGGAAAGCUGUAGUUAUUGCCUAUGGACCUGGACUGUUACUUGGAUUGGUAAUAGCACAUGUCAUGGCUUCAUACAAACCUGAGUGGCUGAUCAAGAUAAUUGGCCCGAAUAAGCGCAGAAACCAUUAG